AUGCAGUCGGGUACUCUGAAAAAUCCCAACGGAAAAUUGCCUUCUAGUAAACUCGAAGUAAAUUCUGGUGCCAUGAGACAAAAGCAAGGUGAAUUUGUUAAUGAGCUGCGGAAAAAUUCCGAGCAGACUAUAAAGUAUACUUACGAAGAGAAAAGAAAAGCUAGCAGUAUAUUAAAGCAUCAAAGGACUAGCAAUAUAACCAACCCAUCGGCUGCCUGGCUGAAGAAACUUGAAUGGGCGAAUACGGUGUUUCCGAAUUUUGGGCAGCAAGUCCAGAGGACUAAGCGACAGCAUUCACAAGAUGUGUCAGGACCGUCUGUUAAGCAUGCCAAGCUGCCGCCAACCAAAUCCCUCUUUGAGAUGACCAAGGAUAGCAUACUAAUCGGCGUAUUUGACCGGGGCCACGCUGAAGGCAGAAUUCCGAGACGAUAUUGGAAAUGGAUCGAAGCUGCCUUAGCAGAUAAGUGCUUUGACCUGCUCGUCGAGUCAGAGUCGGGUCCACCACCUAGCUGCAAGGAUGUCGGCUGGUAUCAAGGCAACGUGAAAAUCAUAUCAUGCGAUAGUCAACGAUCUGUGGAACUCUACAAGAAGGCGGUUGCAAACGUUGGGGAGGUCUAUCCUGGAGCUCAGCUGGUUGCCGUCGAUUGGAGUGAGGUGCCGAGCAGACCGCGAGCUCGAGUCUGGAUACCUGCGACGAUAAAGGAGCCGGAACGCAUUCUGAAAAUGCUGCAACUAUGCAAUCCGCAGCUGCCAACUCACGAUUGGAAAGUGGUCAAAGUGGAGGCGAACGAAGGAGCCGCAAAUCAGGUGGUUCUAGUGUUGAACAAGGAAUCAUUGGCACCUUUAGAGGCUUCCAACGGCGAACUAAAUUUUGGCUUCAGCUCGGUGGUCGUUAAGGUCUAUAAAUCAGACGUGACUCCUGGUAAGAUGACCAAUGAACAGCAUAUCGAAACUUCUGAAGCCGAACUCGAUGGCUAUAUGUCGGAUACAUCUACACUAACACGAGGAUUACAAGCACUGUCCUACGACGAUCAUGACGAUGAUGAUGAUGAUGACAAUGAUGAUUCCCAUUUGGUUUGGGACUAG